CAGUUUGGUCUUGACGGUGAAAGAGGAAAGAACUGCUGCUCGUCUCUGUGCGGGCCCCAGCACACCUGUUUUGACAAACGCUCAUAAUCGGAAUAGUACAGCAUUGUAGUGGAUUUUAAUCAAACAGGCAUGGCGUGGGUGACGUGGGCGGCGGUGGUCGCUGCCCUCGCCGGUGUGGCAGCAAGCACAGGGACCUACAGCGUGGUGGCGCCGCGGAUUCUGCGGCCGAACAGGGACUACCAUGUGGUCGUGUCCACGCACGGCACCGCCAGGGCAGUCAAAGUCAACGUGGAGGUCGGAGGUCAGCAGGACUCGGGCGGGGUCAUCCUCAAUCGCCAACUGGCUGACCUCCAGCCGGACUCGUCGCAAGUCCUCAAUUUCCAGAUCGGUGACCUUGGACCGGGUCAGUACAACCUAACAGUGAGCGGGUAUGAGGGUCUGACCUUUAGCAACACGACCGCUCUCCAGUACGUCCACAAGUCCUACUCGGUCUUUAUCCAGACCGACAAGUCGAUCUACAAGCCGGGCGACUUGUUGCAGUUCCGUGUGAUCGUGGUCAACCCGCAGCUCCGUCCGUCCGUGACCGGGGCCAUCGAUGUGUUCAUUACGUUCCAGAACGCGGGUGUGGUCGUGCUGACCAACGGAAUUGUUUAUGACUUCAACCCAUUCCUGACAGGGAAGUUGCCGCCAGGGGAGGGCCCCGUCGACGGCUCUGCGUGGGAUCCCCACCGGCGACCUGCAGCUGUUAACGGUUCCUUCGGGAGGGAGUUCGCACCUGUGGGGGCGACCACCCUGCGCCCCGACCUGGGCCCUGGCCUUGCCUAUAACGCCCCGACCAGACCGCCCUUGGCUGGUCCCUAUGCCUUCUCCUUCUUGCCGCCUCCCCCGGACAGCCGCCCGAGGCUCUACCUCCACCAGGCCGUUCCUCCCACGUGGCUCUUCCGAGACGCACAGACAAAGUUCAACGGCGUCGUGACCCUCCGGGAGAAGGCCCCGGACGCCAUGACCUCCUACAUGGUGUCCGCCUUCGCCGUCGACGACUUCUUCGGUCUCGGGGUGUCCCAGCGGCCAGCCAAGCUGCGCGUCUUCCGGCCGUUCUUCACGUCGUUGCACCUCCCGGAGGCCGGCGUGGUGCGCGGCGAGGCCGUGGCGGUGGAGAUGGUUGUCUUCAACUACGGAGAGAGUGACGUCAUCGCCGACGUCAUGCUCGACAACCCUGGCGACUUCCUCUUCGCGGACUUCGCCAACGAGAUCGACCAAGGAUCCCCGUCCAAAAGCAAGCAGCGGCAGGUGAAGGUUGCUUCGGGCAGCGGCGCCCCCGUCAGCUUCAUGGUCGUCCCGCACACCCUCGGCAACAUUCCCAUCAAGGUCACGUCCACGACCGACGGCGCCGUGGACGUGGUCGUCAAGCAGCUGCUGGUGAAGCCCGAGGGAUCGCGCAUAACGGUGAACAAGGCCAUCCUGCUGGACCUGAGGUCGCAGCCCUCCGUCAGCACCAGCAUCAACAUCACUCAUCCGCCCAACAUUGUCAAUGACUCCAAGGCCAUCCAAGUCUCCGUCAUCGGUGACAUCCUUGGCGCGGCCUUGUCAGACCUGCAUAACCUGCUGGAGCUCCCGACGGGCUGCGGCGAGCAGAACAUGGCCAAGCUCGUCCCAAACAUCGUGCUCAUGGAGUACCUCAAGAAUAAGAACCAGCUGAGCGAGGACUUGCAGGGCCGAGCGCGACGGCAUCUGGAGACCGGAUAUCAGCAGCAGUUGUCCUUCAGGCACGACGAUGGCUCCUUCAGCGCCUUCGGGAUGCGAGACGAGUCGGGCAGCACGUGGCUGACUGCCUUCGUGGCCAAGUCCCUCGCCGAGGCCUCGAGGCACAUCGAGAUCGAGGAGGAGGUGGUGCAGCAGGCCGUGGAGUGGCUGACGCAGCUGCAGCAGGCGGACGGCAGCUUCAAGGAGGUCGGCACCGUCAACAACGAGGCCAUGCAGGGCGGGUCCGGCAAGGGCGUCUCGCUCACGGCCUAUGUGCUCAUCGCCCUCCUGACAGUCGAGAACCCUCCGUCGCCCAAGGUGCGAAACGUGGUGAACAGAGCCGUAGACUUCCUGGCGAGCAACAUCGACGACAUAGAGGACGUGUACGGCCUGGCCAUCAGCACCUUCGCCCUCCACAUGGCCGACCACCCUCAGCGAGACACCGCUUUCUACAAGCUAGAGAGCAAGGCCGAAGUCAAAGACGAGCAGAAGUGGUGGGUGUGGCAGCCCCUGGAGGUGAAUCUGGAAACCACGGUGGAGUCGCGGCCUCUCGACGUGGAGACCACCAGCUACGGCCUCCUCACCUACGUGCUCAGGGGCCUCACGCGCGACGCCCUCCCCAUCAUGAGGUGGCUGACGAGGCAGAGGAACCAGUACGGAGGAUUCCAGUCCACGCAGGACACCGUGGUGGGCAUGGCAGCGCUGGCCGCCCUCGCCGAGCGCCUCACGACCACCGACCCGCAGGUGAACGUCAGGCUCAUCUACGGCGCUCGGGGCAAGAACGUGCAGGUCACGAGAGAUAACACUAUGUUGCUUCAACGUGUGGAGCUGCCCGCGGACACCGACAAAGUGGAGAUAACGGCCUCGGGAUCGGGCGUCGCUGUGCUGCAGGUCACGUACCACUACAACGUCAGGGUCACCGGCCCGAAGCCGGCCUUCUCGCUCGACCCGCAACUCGACACCACGACCGACACGAACCGCCUGCGCCUCACCGCCUGCACGGGAUACACCGGAGGAAACAACAGCAACAUGGCGGUGAUGGACGUCUCGCUUCCCUCGGGAUAUAUUGUCGACAACGAUCUUAUUCCCGGUCUGUAUGACUACACGGGCGUGAAACUCGUGGAGAAGAAGAGCGACGACUCGGGCGUGCUGGUCUACUUCGACUACCUGACGGCCCAGGAGGUGUGCCCGACGGUCUCCGCCUACAGGAUCAACAAGGUCGCCUUCCAGCAGCCCACGCCCGUCCAGGUCUACGACUACUACGACACAUCCCGGCGCGCGAGGAGGUUCUACAAAGCUCUCCCCGCCACGCUCUGCGACAUCUGCGACCUCGACGAGUGCGACCCCGACCAGUGCCAGGACCAGAUCAUCGAACUCAACAGGCAGCUGCAGGACCCAGAGGACCUGGAGCUGCCGGCCAUCGUGGAGCAGAUCUCCUCCGCCCCGCAGACGGCCUCGCCCUUCGCCCUGUGUCUGGUCCCCGCCUUCACCCUGGCCUGGGUUUCACGCUUCCUCGCUCCCUGAGCCUCGUCCCUCCCGCGCCCUGGCGGCUCCUGGGUGACCUGAUCGCCGUCCAAGUCACUCUGUGUAUUCGUCUUUAUUAUACGAUUUUUUUUCUCCCUUUUCUUUCAUGUUUUUGAGGUUGACUUAAGGAAGGUCACUCACCCAGCGGAGGUCAGAGGUCGGCAUUCACUCGCAGUGACCCUUUGUAUCUUAGGGAUAAUAACUUGGAUGGGAGGUCACCGUGUAAGCGUGUAUAUAUGAGAUUUGUAAAUAGCAAUAUGAUAAGCUAAAGGGUUAUAUUCUGGAAGAAGCUGACAUGGACUCGUAACUACCUGGUAAAUGUUCGGUAUUAAGAAAACGCUUUUUGUGUUACUAAGGUCGGUGCGUUUCGUUCGGGCAAACUGUGCUUGAUCAUGUUGUGCGCGUGAGUGUGCAUUUGGCGUUUGAAUUCUUUGUCUAAUCUGAAUGAGAGUGUAUUUGCAAGUAUUAUACGUGCGUAACAAAUAACGAUCUAUUAUAUAUAUAUAUAUAUAUAUAUAUAUAUAUAUAUAUUAUAUAUAUACAUACAUACAUACAUAUAUAUAUGAUAUACAAUCCCCCGCUGAGACAUUAUCUAAAUGCAUUCGUUGACUUGAACUAUCAUGAUCAUCUGGUACUAACGUCUCACCAGCAAAUAACCAAAGAAAUCUCGCAAAACUUCCGUCCAGCAUAAAUUCCCACAGAGACAGACAGCACACGCUCCCAAGACAGCGGCACUAAUGCUGAACGUUCAAAGAAACUGCUGGUCCGCCCGGACGAGCCCGCGUGGCCAUGGCCGGGCGUCACGGCCCAGGCUGCCCCGCGGCGAGCGACGGCGAGGCAACUGACGCUUGUAGAUCGUGGUUUAGGAAGGUCCUUGGCUGGGCGGCCGGGCUCCGGGUCCGUCUCGCCGCCACGGGGAUGCUGCAUCUAACUGCUGAAUCGCUGACGCUUCACCGGUCUCAUGUUGAAUCCAUGUUGAUUGUUGUACUUGUAAUAAAUUGUACUUUUGA